CCAGAGGCAUUGUUGUGAAAAACCGGUUUUUCGCCUGUUACUAGCAAAAAUUAAAAUCCUUAUAUCUCGAUCAAAUCUCAUGCUGACUCAAGGAAAUUUUCAGAAAACGCUCAGGACAGCUCAUAAAACAUAAUCGUCUAAAAAAUAGUAAUCCCAAUGAAUAAAACAAUCAAGUAAACAGGAAUUAUGGUAUAUAAGUGCGACGCUAACAAAAAAUAUAUUGCAAAGAACCAGCGUUUUUAAUGAUUGGUGGGUAAGCUUUGUUCUCGAUGAAUCAGAGUGGGUACGAACAAAUGAUUUCCUUUGUUCUCGAUGACUCAAAGUGGAUUCUAUUUAAAACACUGCAAAGAACAGAGGAUGUUAUUGCACUCCAUUGAUUCUGAAUCUGUACCGUAUUUAUAUGGAAAAAUGGUUGUGGGGUACCGUAUUGGGUAGCGUAUUAAUAUAGAAAAAUGGUUGUGGAGUACUACUUACGUAGAUGGCAUUUUCUUUUUGUUAUCAGAAUUGAUUGAUUUCUCGCGACAUCUAACUCCGACAUUCCCUUGUCCGAAGGAUUUCCUUUGUUCUCGAUGACUCAAAGUGGGUUCUAUUAAAAACACUGGUCUAAGUACAGUUUUAACUGAUGUUUUAGUCUAGCUAACGAUUAAAACUUGGAAUAUGAAGCGCGUGAACAGUUGCAUCUCAUGGAUGACUAGUUUUCUUUCUGCUUUUUUCGAACUCUCUGUUGUCCGAAAAUGUUAGUCAGUUUGUGUACUAAAACUUUUCGAGUUUUGGUAUAAACAUGACUUCAAGUCAUGUUUAUACCAAAACUCGAAAAGUUUUGUCAGUUAACUAAAAGUUAUUGACUUCUAGUUAAGAGGAUAGUUCUAAGUGCGCUGAUUACUGUUUCGUCACUUAAUUCUUGUAUUAGUUGUCAAAACGCUAAUCAAUGCUAGAAAGUGAUCGAAACUUUAAACUGUCUACCGUGUUUUUCCAUUUUACGUGUUUUCACUAGGCGUUAUUUCAGACCUUUAGUUAUUUGCACAAAUGGCAUUAGAUAAUGACAAAUGUAAGCGUAACAUAUGUACGAUAACAGACGACGACGAUAAUGUGAGCGCCAAGAGAAAAGACAAUAAAAUACCUUUUAACGAAAUACCAGAUAUAGAAACUGAAAUAUUGUCUUUAACGUCAACUGUCGUUAAUGAAAUAAUUGCAUUAUAUAUUUGUUUUAUCGAUGGCGAUAUCGAUUCUCUAUUACUAGAAAAAAGGCUAAACAAACUUUUGGUUAUUUGUCCUUCAUUGCUAUUGUAUAGCAGAAUCGAAUAUGAAUGGCGUUACGAUGAUGAAAAUUUAUUAAAGAAGUUGUUAUAUAUUGUGUCAUCUAUAAUUAUCAAUGUUCAGUAUCGUAAAUUUUUCGAUCAAAACUCAAAAUUAGCAAAAAGCAAUUUACGUAAUUUAUUACAUUUAAUUAUUCAAAAUAAUGUUUUUCAAAAUUUCGAAAAUAUGUCCGAACCUAUUAACUCGUCAGCAUAUUUUUCAUUAGUCGUUACCAUUUUGAUACCAAUUAUUUCACAUAAACAAGUGUCGGUGCAAGAUCUACAGUUUUUUGGCACAAUUUUAUCAGAUUCAAUAGUAACAAAAAACGUUGAUAAUUGGGCAAUAUUGAAAAAUGUUAUUGAGCUGUUUCAAAAUGCUAAUAAAUUGGAUGACAACGCCAUAAUAUUCGCUGGGAUUAUUAUUAUUCUUUUACAUGAGUUUUUUCAUAUUUUACGGAGAACUUUGAUUAAACCAGCGUACUGUCCCUUUUACCAUCGUACUCCGAAACGAAAAAUAUCGUUACGUGGUGAUAUAGAAAUGGACGAAGGUGGAUUCCAGCUGGAAGAUCGAUUAUUUGGUUUUAUAUAUAACACCGUUGGUUUUAAAGAUGCCAAUUAUUUACUUAACAUCAACAAGUGGCGCAUUGUAUCCCAUGAUAAAUUCAAAAGACGAUUAUUAGACGUACAAUUAUCGGAUGUACAAGAAAAUGCGGAUUCAAAUCGAUUAGUUUUACCCUGUAGAGGCCAGUCGAUGGAAGUUAAGUAUGAUACAAAAAAUACUAAAGUAGAAAGUGAUUCAAUGUCGCCGCCUAUACAACGACUGGAUCUUAAACGAUGUGGUGUCUCGUACUGCAGAAUCGAUACAUGA